GUCAUCCACGCUCGCUGGGCUCUGCUCGGCGCGCUCGGCUGCCUCACCCCCGAGCUGCUGGCCGGCAACGGCGUGAACUUCGGCGAGGCCGUGUGGUUCAAGGCCGGCGCGCAGAUCUUCUCGGAGGGUGGCCUUGACUACCUCGGCAACCCCAGCCUGAUCCACGCGCAGUCCAUCCUGGCCAUCUGGGCCACCCAGGUCAUCCUCAUGGGUGCCGUCGAGAGCUACCGCGUGGGUGGCCUCGAGGGCUUCCAAGAGGUUGAGGACCCCCUGUACCCCGGCGGUGCCUUUGACCCCCUGGGUCUGGCCGACGACCCUGACGCGCUUGCUGAGCUGAAGGUGAAGGAGCUGAAGAACGGCCGCCUCGCCAUGGUGUCGAUGUUCGGCUUCUUCGUCCAAGCCAUCGUUACCGACAAGGGCCCCCUGGAGAACCUGUCCGACCACCUGGCUGACCCCACCGUGAACAACGCAUGGGCCUAUGCCACCAACUUCACCCCCGGUGCUUAA